CCAUAUUUAAAGAAAAGGGAAUUAGAGCCACAUUCAUUCUUUUUAAGGUAGUAUGAUGAGCUGUGCCUGCAAUAGAUUAACUCCAUCUUUUCCAUCUUUCCUUCCUCAAAUUGCUUUCUCCUCUCAUUACCAAGCAAAAAAAGAGGACCAUGUUUGGGAACAAGGAGAAAAAGAACAUUGCUUGGAUUGUAGAUAAAACCUCACUUUGCUGACCAAAGGGCAAAGAUUUAGAGAGAGAAAGAGGUCCGGGCUCGUGUUUGGAGAUCAAUAUUGUUAUUUCUGCAUUGCCCCUCUGAGUAUCUUUGAUUCUUUUCUCUGGGCUGUUAAGCAAGAGAAAGAAUACUCUCAAAGCCGGCUUCUUUGGAUUGAUUUGCCUGGUAUUUGGAAUACCCAGAAAUCAAAAUGCAAAACGAGUGGGGCUAUCUUAUUCCCUUGAAUUGGUUUCUCUUCAUUACUUGAAAAGAAAUAGAGGAUUCUGUAUCUCUGUUUCACCCCAUUUGGUACUUUUAUCACAGAAAAUAAACUUCCUUUCUGGGUUCCCGGUUAUAUUUUGAUUAUCAGUUCCCGGAUCUUUGUAUGAAGUUCUGAAAUAAUGAGAGAUGAAAGUUUCAAGAAACCUAAGAUUUCAUGGACCAAGACACUGGUCAAGAAAUGGUUCAAUAUCAAGAGCAAAGCUGAGGACUUUCAUGCGGAUGACAUCCUCUAUGGAGGUGUUGAUGAUGAAUGGAGGAACAAUUUUGCAGAGAGAGAGACAUGUACUGUUAAGAAAAGCAAAUCAGGUAUUCAGUAUCAGACAAGCACAAAGAUGGGUUGUAGACGAAACUCGGGUCGUGUUAGGCGAAGUAAGAUUGACCUCGAUACUUCCCAGGUUACAGAUGUAAAUAACUAUAGGAUCUUUGUAGCUACAUGGAAUGUGGGCGGGAAAUCUCCGCCCGACGAUUUAAGUCUCGAUGAAUGGCUCCAUACCUCGAGUCCUGCAGAUAUCUAUGUGUUAGGGUUUCAAGAAAUUGUUCCGUUAAAUGCUGGUAAUGUCUUGGGCACGGAGGAUAACGGUCCAGCAAGAAAAUGGCUAGCACUUAUACGAAAAACGCUAAACAGUAUGCCUGACACGAGUGGUAGUAGCUACUAUCCCCCUUCCCCGAUUCCCAAUCCCGUUGUGGAACUCGAUGCUGACUUCGAGGGGUCGACGAGGGAUAGUGCGUUAUUCCACCGUCGUUCGUUCCAGUCGUUCAGCCGUAGCAUGAGGAUGCGGGAGAGCGACUUGUCGAUCCCCCAGCCUCGGUUUGAUCACCGGUUUAGUGUCUGUGACAGAGUAGUAUAUGGGCAAAUGCAAAAUAACGACUAUGAUCCAAAUGACCAUUGGGGUGAUUCCUCGGACGAUGAUUCUCCCGGUAUCGAAUAUUCCCCGCCCUCGUGUAAUGGUUCUGUUUCCAUGGACGAUCGAGAUAGACAGACCGUGCAAUCGAAUAAGUACUGCUUAGUUGCGAGCAAGCAAAUGGUUGGGAUUUUUCUCACGGUGUGGAUAAAAGGUGAUCUAAGAGACGAUGUUUGCAAUUUGAAAGUCUCGUGUGUUGGGAGAGGAUUGAUGGGUUAUCUCGGGAACAAGGGCUCAAUAUCAGUUAGCAUGUCUUUGCAUCAAACGAGCUUCUGCUUUGUCUGUAGCCAUUUAACUUCGGGGCAAAAGGAAGGCGAUGAGCUAAGACGGAACUCUGACGUGUUGGAGAUCCUAAAGAAAACGAGGUUCCCAAGAGUUCAUGGCACCGGGGACGAGAAUUCUCCUCAAACAAUCCUCGAGCACGAUCGAAUUAUAUGGCUCGGGGACUUGAAUUAUCGCAUUUCCCUGUCUUACCGAACUGCAAAGGCUCUAGUCGAGAUGCGCAAUUGGAGGGUGUUGCUAGAAAACGAUCAGCUUCGAAUAGAGCAAAGGAAAGGUCGCGUUUUUACUGGAUGGAGCGAAGGAAGAAUAUAUUUCCCUCCAACUUAUAAGUAUUCGAGCAAUUCAGACCGAUAUGCAGGAGAAGAUACACACCCAAAAGAAAAACGAAGAACACCAGCUUGGUGUGAUCGAAUACUAUGGUGUGGUCGAGGCCUCCAUCAAAUGUCUUAUGUUCGUGCAGAGUCGAGGUUCUCGGAUCAUAGACCGGUUUAUAGUAUAUUCUUGGCAGAAGUUGAGUCCAUAAACCGCAAUCGAAUCAGGAAAAGCUUGAGCAUUUCGAGCUCUAGGAUCGAGGUCGAAGAGCUGCUGCCAUAUUCACAUGGAUAUGAUGGAUGGAAUUACUACUGAGAAACGAAUCCAUAUAUAUCAGUGUUUCUGUAAAAUCAUGCCAUCCCAGCAGGAAAAGCGGUCCUUAGCAAAUAGCAAGCUGCAUUUAACACCAAUUUACUCGGAUUCCAGAUAGAUUGUGAGCCAACAUUGCAGACAAAUGAAAAGAGCCGCUUUUUUCUGCAAUGCCCAGAAAAGAUUCCUGCAUGGUGUUUUAGCAGAAACGAGGGAAUCUGUAACCAUGACAGAUGCUCGGAAGGAAACCUCGAUCGCUGUUCCAUUAUUCGGUGAAUAAUCUGUCGUUUUUACCAUUGAAUCCGCGCCAUU